AUUCGGUUUGCGGCAUUUUCGCUGAAAGUUUUGAUUCGAGAAGGAAAAACUCGCAUCGGGAAGAGUUUUACAUUGCUAGUCUUCGCGUAAUUUCGCUUGUUUGUCAAGCCUGGGGUUGUGAACCGAUUUCGCGAGUGUAUGCCGCUUCGUUUGGGAUUAUUUUGUGAUAAGUUUGGUGGAGCUGAGUGGUGAAUAAUCGCGGGGGAAGAAUUCGGUUGAUUCGCGGAGCCCUACUUUUGGCUAUCGAAUGAGAAGGAAAGAUGGCCGAUGGCGUGGAUAUUGAUUUGUAUGCUGAUGAUCUGGAGCAGGAUUUUACCCAGACAAACGAGGAAUUCGGCGGAGAAGGUGGUGAUUUAUAUGACGAUGUUAUAACUCCUUCGGGAGACCAUGGGAGGAAUAGUUCCGGCAGAGGUCCGUCAAUGGAGCGCCUAGAUGGAGUGGACACUAAUGGUGCUUAUCAUCAUCAUGGGUCGGGACCGAUGAAUCAUAUGGCUCGGAGGUUUCAGUUGUAUGUCGGCAACCUGUCCUGGUGGACAACGGAUCAGGAUAUAGCGGACGCGAUUGCGGAAGUGGGCGUUAAUGAUUUUCAAGAAGUGAAAUUCUUCGAAAACCGUGCCAAUGGACAAUCGAAAGGAUUUUGUGUGGUUUCGCUCGGUUCGGAGAACAGUAUGCGAUACGUGAUGGAACGUUUGCCGAAAAAGGAGCUGCACGGCCAGAAUCCCGUUGUCACUUUGCCGACCAAACAGGCGUUGAAUCAGUUCGAAAGCCAGCAGAAAACUCGUCCGACUCCGCCGGCGCAGGGUCAGACUAAUGGGCCACCGCGGCCUCCGGCGCCAAACAUGGGAAUGGGCCCGAUGGGACCGGGAGGACCUAUGGGUGGACCACCGGGAGGACCCAAUGGACCGGGUGGUCCUCCGCGAAUGGGCAUGGGACCGAAUAUGCCGCCGGGAAUGAGGCCACCCCAUAACCACCCCAUGCCUGGACCACCUAUGCACAUGGGAGGCCCUCCAGGACCACCGAGACCACAGGGUCCACCAAUGCAUCAAGGAAACGGACCUCCGCAACAAGGUCCACCACGAUUCCAAAACCAAGGUCAAUGGAAUGGGCCACCAAGGAUGAAUGGUCCAAGACCUGGUGGGCCGGGUGGACCAGGUCCGAUGCCACAUAGACCGCAAAUGGUAAAUAAACCGCCUUACCCAUCACAGAGAUCACAGAGAUUCAUGGAUUAUCAAGGACCUCCUUCCCGUGGACCAAGGCCGGACUGGAAUGGUCCUCCAAUGCAUGGCGGACCUGGCGGUUUUCCACCUGGACCACCUGGGCCUCGUCAAGGGCCUCCUCAUAUGCAAGGCCCAUCUCGUGGUCCUCCGAUGGGUGGUCCUGGGCCACAAGGUCCUGCACCUCACGUGAAUCCCGCAUUCUUCAAUCAAGGAGGCGGACCACCUAAUCAUCCAAACGGCGGACCGACCCCACAUGGUCCUCCGUCUGGACAAGGUCCUCCGCCCCACUUCAAUCCACAGGGAGGAGCAGCACCCCGUGGUCCUUGGCCAGGUCCUGGUGGAAAGCCCCCUGGAGGUCCAUUUCCAGAGCAUAAUAUUGCUCCACAACUGAGUGAAGCCGAAUUUGAAGAGAUUAUGACUCGAAAUCGUACCGUUAGUAGUUCAGCUAUAGCUAGAGCCGUCUCGGACGCAGCUGCUGGAGAAUAUUCGAGUGCAAUUGAAACACUUGCUACGGCGAUAUCCUUAAUCAAACAGUCCAAGGUCGCUCACGACGAACGGUGUAAGAUUUUGAUAAGCUCGCUCCAGGAUACUCUGCAUGGCAUUGAGACAAAGAGCUACAGCCGACGGGAGAGGUCCAGAUCUCGUGAUCGCACAUCUCAUCCUCGUUCGAGAUCAAGACGAGAACGGUCAAAUUCUCGCGGUUACCGGGAGCGAUCGCGUGAACGAGAUCGCGGAGGAGAUCGUGAUCGUGACCGCGAGCGUGAACGUGAUGGGUCUAGACGCUCUCGUCCCCGCAACAAAACCCCAGAACCAACAGUGGAAAAUACAACAGACAACUCCAAACGCUACUAUAACGACGAUCGCUAUAGGUCAUCGGACCGUGAUCGCGAACGUGAACGUGAUCGUGAGCGUCGCGAGGAACACCGUUCCCGACAUUAGGAUGCACAUCAAAUGUGCCCUUUUAAACGAUUCAUUCUGCGUUCGAUAUGUAAUCAGAACGCUUUCGAAGUUUUGUUUUAUACGCUGCUAACUAGUGGUAUUGUUUCUUACUAUGAGGCAGCAUUAUUUUGGAAAUCCGCUUCAACAUUCUUCAGACACACACUUUAUAUUGACUUCUUUUUGUAUGUGUUCGCAAAAAGUAAGCCCUCCCAUCAUUAGUUUUUAGGGAAAAUGUUUAGACUUAUACUCAUUGGUCUAUUGUUCGAAAUGAGCAACAAUCUGAAUUUUAACACUUGAGACAGUGUAAAAUGUACCCUGAAAAUAGGGGUAUCAAUCCCAAUAACCACGUCAUUCAUCCGCUAACAAUUGGGAUAGUUGAAUGCAUAUUUCGUUGCGAAAUGCAAUUCGAAGUCAAAUGUAAUAGAACAUAAAUUAUAACUGUGGUUAUAUACCGCUACAUACUAAAGAUAAUUGUAUCAUCCAAUAUUAGUAAUUGUAAUGAUCGGCUCCGUACCACCACGUACACCGUUGGGCAUCAAACUUUAACCCGCAAAAAAGCAACAAUAAAUGGAAGCGAUAUUCCACAUCUCUUCCAUCCAUCCAACUCUCGUCGCUUGCACCGGCAGUAUCCCUGGAACAGCAUUGUACAUUUUGCAUCGUUUUGUUCACCCGGAUCAUCUGGUCAACGGUGAGCAGCCCAGACGGUCAACUAUCGGAAUCGUGGAAUAACCUGGAUCCCAACGUUGCAUCAGUGUUGAAUAGAGCAGCAAAUAAAAACAAGAAGAUUGUAUUCAAUUGAUUGAUUAAACUAAUUACGAUGAUAACCAAAAAAGAAGAAAAAAAAAACAAAACCUGUACUGUGUAUUUUUCUAUAGCUAAGAGUUUAAAUUGUACAUUUAUAAGACUAGCAUUUUUAAGUUGUUUUUAGUUUGUUUCUUUAUUGUAGUUUCUAUUUAUUCGCUUUUUUAAGUUUUCAAACCAUUCCAAUAUGUUGUGAUACUUCAAUUCUGGCGGAGUGGCAUCUUUUGUUUUUGUUUUAUUUUGUUUUGUCAAUUGCAAUGCAUCUUGUAUGCCAAAGAUAUCACUUAUUGUAAAUAAGAACGAAAAGACUGAUGUACUCAUUUUGUGUGACUGAUAGUUAUUUACAAUAGAUAUACUCAAGACAAAAUCUUUGUGUGAGAUUGGUGUGGGUGCUAAUUGAAGCAUGAUUAUCGACACUUUCAAAUUCAUAAUCCUGUGAUAUUUUAGUAAUAAGGAUUAGAGUACAAAACAAACUGCAAAUGAUUGUUUAUUCCAGCAUCACUUUUUAAGAUUCAUAUGUACCGUUAUUCUUAGGUUCGACUUGCAUAUACAGAGCGUUUGUUAGGAAUAGCUUUUACAAUCCAAAUACUUUUUCUCAUUUACCGAUCAAGAACAUAUUUGUUAGCUUUCUGUCGGUAUCUUUACAAAUCCUUACUGUAAUGCAAUGUAACAGUAAUUAUUUAUCUGCAUGUUCUACAAUGAUCUUCAAUUUGUUCCAAAAGUAUUUUAUGGCCAGACAGCUUUAGAGCAUACUAAUUAUCAGUUCAAUCAUUAAUUAGCUUAAGUCUCUGAAAUGUGAAACAUAGGUACUUGAGCAAUACCCAAAGGUCCCUCAAUGAGAGGCGAUAUUCGGUAGAAAGAACCGUUGUAAAAGAAUCAUUUGUAGAACAUCUAGCGCUACUUGUUUUUCUGUCAUACCUGAAUUGUCAAAGCGAUCAACAAAAUAUAUAAUUUUGAUGCAAA